AUGGAUUAAUAAACAUAGCCUGCGUAAAUUUCCUUUGGGGAAUAAAAUUGUAGGUGUGUUUCGAACAUUGUGUUCAACAAAAGACACGUGUUUGCUGUUGGAACCUGGAAUGCUAAGAAAAAUAACGAAGUAACAAUGAAUUUGAAUUAUAUUUAUACAGAUCUAUGUGAAUGAAUAUUUGGAAUUGGAAUAAAAGAUAGUAUAAUUGUAUAAAAUACCAAUAAAUGGAAUGGUGGAGAAGAUCAUAGCGAAAAAAGAACAACUGUAUGUUAUUUACAUUGAUCGUAUCAACUAAAGUUAAAUUUUAGCAUAAUAGAGAAAGACAAAACUUUGUUGCAUAGAAUUGGCUGACAAUGGAAGGCAUCAAGUAAAUUUCGAUUUGUUGUAUGAAGGAUUGACGAAGUAAUAUAUUAAACUUUAAAUUCUAGUGUUAUUUGUCCAGAAGAUGAUCCAAUUAUCUACUUGAGUUCCAACAAAUCCAUUAUUCAAUUUGAUUUGAAUAAAUAAUCAUUUGACAACAUCAUUGAUGACAAUGAUCUCUAUAAUCUGUGUGAAUAGGACCCUCAUCAUAAGAAUUUAUUUGUUAGAUCCUAAAACAAUUAUCUGUGCAUAUAAGAUACUAGAGAAAAAAAGUAAUAAGAAUUAUCACCAUUAGAGUAAACAAAUUCAAAGCGCAUAGUCUAUAAAUAUUGGAUAUAGAUUUCAAUCCGAAUAAAUAAUAUUAUCUAAUAACUGGAGGUGAGGAUUGCUUGGCCAAAGUUUGGGAUAUUCGUAAAACACAAUAUGCAAUUAAAUCAUUUGAAGAUCUGUAGAAUUCAGUUCUGUAAGCUAAAUUUAAUAAAUUUCAUGAUCAAUUAGUUUCGUUGGCAUGUAAUUUAAAAUAUCCAUAAUUGUAGUUGAUGAUGGCACUAUAUCAUUGUACAAUAUUACAUCAGUUUCAUCUGUCCCUUAACUAAACAAGGAAGAAGAUUAUUUGGUUAAACAGUAUGAUGAACAUGAAGACUCAAUUUAUGGAUUAAGUUGGUCAAGAGGAACUGCGUGGGUUUUGGCAUCAAUAGGUUAUAGUGGUCAUAUGAUAAUAAAUACAGUUCCAACAACUGAGAAAUAUAAAAUAUUAUUGUGA